GAGGACAAUAGUAAAGCACUAAAACUACCCACAAUUGAAACAACAAAAAUGCGCAAACGGCAGACUGGCAUUCGACGUUUCUCUCCCUUAUAUCAUUCAGACGAUCGCAGAGGCGAGCUCGUCUUGCAGAACAACGAUGACGAACCACGACCCGACAUCAGACCCAUCAACUCGCUCAUCAGUUCAUUCAUCUGCCCAAUACUCUACGUCAACACUUGAUAUCAAAAAUGACACCAAUAUCUCAACUGACAACAUUCCUACCACUCAUGCAGCACCUGUACCAUCAACAAAACUGCUGUUUUCAUUCCUCACACCCCGAAGGAAGCUGGUUCUUCUUACCCCAGCCAUUCUGUCUUCCGUCGCCACUGGUGCUAUAGCUCCCUUGAUGACUUAUGCCGUAGGGCAGUCAUUCAACGCCUUCGCAGCUUUCCCAUUGACCCCAAACCCACCGCAAUCCGCCAAGGAUGCUUUGCUUCAUGGUGUAGGCAUCGCAGCAAUUGAGCUCGUAGCAUUGAGUAUCAGCGCGCUAGUCAUGAGCAGUAUGACAAGUAGCUUGUGGAUUUCAACAGGGGAGCACAACGUCGUAGAGCUUAGACGGCUAGUGUACCAGUCCGUCGUGAACAAAGAGAUGUCAUGGUUCGAUCUUCGCAUGGGGGUCGACGGGUCUGCACCUGCGGGCAACGUGCAAGACACAUCCGAAGAUUCCCCCGUUGGCGCUGGUGGUCUCAUGGCCAAGUUUGCCAGAGAAACCGAUGAAGUACGCGCAGCCUCGUCGCUGGCAGCAGGCCAGCUGCUUCAAUAUUUGACCACCACCUUCUCGAGCCUUGUACUCGCAUUCGUUUGGUCGCCGCUCCUGACCCUUGUCAUUCUCUCAGCCGCCCCCGCAUUAAUUAUCAUUCAGGCAUUUUCCCAAGUCCUCGCGGGUCCUCUCCUCGCUCAUGAGCGCACAUUUACUGCAAGUGCCGCUACCGUCGUAGAGCGCGCUGUGGCCGCAGUUGCCACCGUUAAAGCAUUCAACGCAGCUACGCACGAGGCUCGGGUACUUUCCCGUGUGCUCGGACGCGUAAGCGCAGCUGCAAAUGGACUUGCGGGAGUCUGGGGUAUCACAUGUGGCUUGAGCCAGUUCGUCACAAUGGCAAUGUUCGUACAAGGAUUUUGGUUUGGAGCUCACCUCGUCCGGGAAGGCAAGAACACCCCCGGUCAAGUCAUGAGCGUUUUCUGGGCAUGCCUUAUUGCAACGAGCAACCUCCAAAUGGCCGUGCCCCUUCUCAUCACCUUCAUGAAGGGCAAAGUCGCAGCUGCAGAGCUCACAGGGAUGAUUUCAGAAGCACAUCAACCAUCCUCAAAGCGACGUCCUCAAGAACUCCGCAAAAUCAAACCAAAGUCAUUCAACGGCGAACUCAACCUGGAUCACGUGAGCUUCGCAUAUCCCGCACGACCGGAUGUGCAGGUACUCUCCGACGUGUCCAUGUACCUUCCCGCGCAUGAGACGACAUUCAUCGUUGGAUCAAGCGGUUCUGGCAAGUCGACGCUCGGUGCGAUCUUGAUGGGUGUUUAUAACCCCACAUCUGGCUCUGUAUUUUUGGACGAGCAGGAUGUGCGAUACAUUGACGCCGCGUACAUGUCGUGCCAUAUUGCUGGCGUGGCGCAGGGCGCAGCGUCGGCCCCCGUCUUCCCCGGAAGCCUCCACGAGAACGUGGCCCUUGGUACUGUAGGGAAAGGCAAACGAUCGGAGGACGUUAGCAGAGCAGAAGUGGAAGAAGCAUGUAGAGUUGCGAUGCUGGAGUCUUGGGUGGUUGGUCUAGACCAAAGCUACGAGACGUUAUUGAGCGGCACUGGUGCAGAAGGCAUUCAGUUGAGCGGUGGACAACGCCAGAGGCUUGCGAUCGCGCGGGCGCGGAUACGUGACCCUGAGGUGUUGAUUCUCGAUGAAGCAACAUCGGCCUUGGAUCCCCCAACUCGUGCACUCAUCUUGGCUGCUAUUCGGAGAUGGCGACAAAACCGCACGACAAUCAUCAUCACGCACGAUGUCGCCGCAAUUGAAGAGGAAGACUUUGUCUACGUCAUGCGAGAGGGCUCUGUCGUCGAGCAAGGUUUUCGGUCAGACCUCGAGCACGCGGAUGACGAAUUCGCCCGCAUGCUUCGUACGGGCGGGAUUGCUGUUGAAGACGACCUUCCUGAGUACGAUGCAGUCGCAGAAAUCCUCGCAGGGGAGGAAGAAGAAGAAGAAGAGCUUCCAGUUCACGAACGACACAUGAGCAUGGCACCCACAGUGGGCGGCAUGCGCCCUGUUACGGCGACACUCGGCAAUUGGAUGUUUGAUGUUGUCGCCGAGCUUACAAAAUCGGGUGCAGCACCACCACCUCUUCCUACCGCAGCAGAGAAAGAUAAAGACUGGCGGAUGAGUCGCUUCGUCCCCCCUAGUGCGUUACCCAAAGAGCAACUGCCGGCGUUCGAGGGCGGUGCAGCAGGGAGACUACGGAGACCGAGUAGUAUGUCGAUAUUCGUUCCCGAGGUUACAAUUCCCCCUCGCACAUACGGCGGUCACCGGUUCAGCUUGCAGUUCACUCCAACCACCCCCACAUUUUCACACCCGAGCUUCUCUCUGCGGGAGCCGGUAUCUAUGGUCGAAGAUGAUGAAGAAUUCGAGACUGAGAAGGAAGCAUUGAAGCGCAGCGCUGAGCAGGCUGCGAACAGGAGGGAGCGCAGGGAGCGCAAGCACCAUGGACUACAGAGUAUUGUCGUGCCUCCAUCUGGAAAUGAAGAAGCCCAAGACCAAUACGACCUUUCCCCAGCCCCCGGCCUUUUCGCCCUCCUCCGUGCCGUGUACCCCACCAUCCCCACAAAGCCAGUCGUUUUCUUCGGGCUCAUCAUCUGCCUGAUAAGCGGAGCGAUGACACCCGUAUUUUCAUUCCUCCUUUCCAGACUCAUCGUUCUAGUCUCAGCUGGUGGAUCAGAUGCCAGUAUGAUCAACUCCUACGGCGGUCUUGUCCUCGGAAUCGCAGCCAUUGACGGGCUUCUUCUUGGUUCCAAAUUCUUCGUUAUGGAAACCUCCGCUAUGCGCUGGGUCACUCGUCUCCGCGACCUCGCUUUCUCCCGCGUUCUCAGUCAGGACAAGAGCUGGUUUGACCGUCCUGAGAAUGGCGCAUCUAGACUCACCCAGGUCAUCGUCAAAGAUGGUGAUGACGCUCGUACGUUGAUCGCUGUGGUGGUAGGCCAGAUUGUUGCCGUGGGCGCGAUGAUGACCAUCGGUCUCCUCUGGGCGAUGGCUUGGGGGUGGCAACUGACGCUUGUUGGGCUUGCCAUUGGGCCUGUCUUUGUUGGAGUCAUGGGCCUUCAGACCAACCUUAUGGCGAAAUGCGAGGUACGCAAUAAGCGGGCUCGUGAGGAGGUUGCCAGGGUAUACUACGAGACUAUUCUCAACGUCCGUGGCAUUCGUGCUAUGUCUCUUGAGCCGGUCCUGCAGGCUCAAUUUGACAAGGCCGCUUCGCAGUGCCUUUCCACUGGUGUUCGCGGUGCAUUUGUCGAGGGGUGCUCUUAUGGUGUCGCUAGCGCUCUCAUCUACUUGGCCGAGGCGCUUCUUUUCUACGUUGGCGCUGUGCUCAUCGCAAAGGGCACAUACACAUACCUUCAGAUGUGCCAGGUCCUCAACCUCGUCGUUUUCACUGUCUCCAUCGGCUCCCAACUCAUGUCCUUCACUCAAAAGAUUGCCAAGUCCGUUCUGGCCACGCACGAUCUGCACGAGCUCAUCAAGCUAGACACUACCAGCGGUUCUGAGUCUCAGGGUAUCCUCCGUCCCAAGGUCGAAGGCGACCUUGUCUUCAAUGAUGUAUCAUUCUCCUACCCCACCAACCCUGAUGUCUCUGUUUUGAACAAGAUGUCGAUGCGCAUUGCAGAUGGAGAGUGUGUAGCGAUUGUAGGCGCCUCUGGAUGUGGAAAGUCAACCGUAGCAUCGCUGCUCCAACGUCUCUAUGAGCCCACUUCGGGUACUAUCUCGGUGGGCCUCAAUGAGCUCCGUGCUACAGAUAUCAACUACCUCCGUGACCACGUUGCCGUCGUCAGCCAAAGCCCCAACCUCUUCGACGCCAGCAUCCGCGAAAACAUUGCCUACGGACGAGUCGGCGAGGACAACGGAAUGAGCGACGCAGACGUCGAGCGCGCCGCUCGUGCAGCGAACGUCCACGAAUUUGUGAUGUCAUUGCCACAGGGUUAUGACACGCUCAUCGGCGAGAACGCGUCUCUCAUUUCAGGUGGACAAGCUCAGCGUUUGCAAAUCGCGCGCGCGCUUGGACGACCUGCGAAGAUUCUGAUUUUGGACGAGUGUACUUCAGCGCUCGAUCCUGCCAACCAGACGGCUGUCCUGGAGACGAUACGGGCUGCGAAGGUUGGGAGGACUACUAUCAUGGUGACACACAAGGUGCCCGUGAUGCAGAUGUGCGACCGUAUUCUUGUUGUCGAGGAUGGCCAGGUGCGCGAGCAAGGCACGUACGAGAGCCUCAUGGAGCGCAAGGGCCUCUUUGCUAGGCUUGCGAAUGGUGGAGAGUGGGUUAGCGAGUAAAUACUCGCUGGAUGACCGCUGUUUAUCUACACCUUCGACGUUCACGCUAUUUUGUUACGGUUUCUCUGCUUUAUGACCACCUGGGCGCAAAUGACAUUUUCACGACUACGCAUUUGUAGUACUACCACAAUCAUUUAUUCAUUUGUACUGUAGUUGUUAUCAAGGAAUUUAUAUGUUGUACAAUUGCAA